AAUCAAACUGUAAUUCUUCUCCUUACAUUUCUCAUUUCUCUGAGAAACUUUGAGAAGAAGCUGAAGAAAUCCAAGAAAAAUGGCCACUGGGAUGAAGCUCCCCAUGACCGUUACCUUGCAGAAGCCCAUGGCUAUGGCGGCUCCAUCUUCCUCGUUUUCUCUCCAUAGAGCCAUCAAUUUCAGGACUGUUUCCUGCUUAAACGCUACAAGCAAUGCUAAAGUUCCUUUGCCUCCAAUUAACCCCAAGGAUCCAUUUCUUUCGAAGCUCGCUUCAGUAGCUUCAACCUCACCUGAAACGUUGCUAAACCGCCCUGCAAAUUCCGAGUCUCCUCCUUAUUUGGAUAUUUUUGAUGCUCCUCGCCUUAUGGCUGCACCUGCCCAAGUCGAAAGAUCAAUUUCCUAUAAUGAACAUAGGUCGAGGAGGCCGCCGCCGGACUUGCCGUCUCUGUUACUUCAUGGAAGAAUUGUUUACAUCGGAAUGCCUUUGGUUCCAGCUGUUACAGAGCUAGUUAUUGCUCAAAUAAUGUACUUGCAAUGGAUGGAUCCAAAAGAACCAAUGUAUCUUUACAUAAACUCCACAGGGACAACUCGUGAUGAUGGCGAAGUGGUUGCGAUGGAGUCAGAGGGUUUUGCUAUCUAUGAUGCUCUGAUGCAGUCAAAAAAUGAGAUACACACAGUAAAUGUUGGAGCUGCCGUAGGUCAUGCUUGUUUAUUACUUGCUGCAGGAACUAAAGGCAGACGUUAUUCGAUGCCACAUGCCAAAGCGAUGAUACAGCAGCCCAGUGUCCCUUCAUAUGGUUUGAUGCCUGCUAGUGACGUUAUAAUUCGUGCAAAAGAGGUGCUAACAAACAGGGACACAUUAGUGAAACUCCUAGCAAAGCACACUGAAAAUUCAGUAGAGACAGUAGCAAAUGUGAUGAAAGGAGGACCGUACUACAUGGACUCAGUAAAGGCCAAAGAAUUUGGAGUUAUUGACAAGAUUCUUUGGCGCGGUCAGGAGAAGAUUAUGGCUGAUAUGGCUUCCCCGGAGGAUUGGGACAAAGGAGCUGGCAUCAAAGUUCAAGAUGAAUUCUAAAUCUCCUCUCAAAUCUACUCUCCAUUCAUAGCAACUUUGAAAUAUAUUUGUAGUUUGCAGCAGAUCAAGGGGAAUGCUUUGAAUUUAGUUCAAUAUUCCCACGUUGGAUUGCACAACAGAGUCAACAUCAAGGGAUCCAUUAUUAUUCUGCUGCAAAUUUAAUCUCCACCCUCCUCAUACCUUACUCAUCAAACGUACAUCUGGGGUUUGUGUAACAUUUACAAACUUUCCUUCCUUAAAUAAAAAUCUUAGAUUAGAUCACAAAUGAAUGGCUCACUUCUUUUA